AUGGGUUUCCGAACCGGCCUGAUUAUCGGAUCGACCUCGUUCCUUCUUGGAACCCUGGCGAUCCACUGGACGGCGGACCAUCUCAUCUUGUGGCAGACUCCAGUGACGCACGACUCGCUCAGGACCGCGCACGUCUACUACCAGAACACCAUGGUCGAUAUGUCGGCCAACUUCAGCAAGGCGCUCCACGGCGUUGGGCUCAUCGGCGCGCUGCUGCUCAUCUCAAAGGCACUCGGAGGCCGCGAGAGCAACUGGCUCUUUGACGGCGCCAGCCUCUUCCUUUUCGGCGCUUCCGGAGUCCUCUAUUACCAGAAGGUCGUUCCGAGUCUGCGCUCGCUACCUCCCAUGUCCUCGAGCGGCCGCUCCGGUACGGUUGAUGCUCGCGACGCCACCUUCACCCCUCUGCGGGAGAUCGCCAGCUCGCACGCCGUCCUCGCGGUCGCACUGGUCGGCGUGAUUCUGUUGCAGAGCGGACAAUACUACAGCGAGCGGCUGGCGGAGCGUGAGCGGAUCGAGGAAGACGAGGCCAGGAUCCGACGCCGACAGCGCCGCAGAGAGCAGGAGGAAAAGGAGAAGGCAAAGCGGCUCGGAAACCAAGGCACGUCGAGCGCAGUCGCCUCCUGA